AUGGGUGUGCGCACGAAUGCACUCAUAAGCCUCAAGAGUCACACCACCAAAAUAAUUCUACGCGUAAUUAUGAAUAGACUUAAGAAAAAGAUUCAAUCAGAAGUCUCUUGGAGUCAGUUUGGAUUCAAGAAGAACAAGGGAACGCGAAACGCAAUAUUUGUCAUGAGAAUACUAGCUGAAACAGCAAUAGAAAUGCAAAAGAACUUGUAUGUGAUAUUAAUAGAUUAUGAAAAAGCAUUUGAUAGGAUGGUGAACUCAGUGAUUGGAUUAAUAUCAAGCGAGGAGUCCGUCAAGGAUGUGUCUUAUCUCCAGAUUUAUUUUCCUGCUGAGCUAAUUAUGAGAAAAAUGAGCAACAUAGCGAAAUUUAAAGUGAAUGGUCAGUCGCUAUUUGAUAUCGGAAAUGCUGACGACUCAGUCUUAAUAUCGGACGACGAAGAAGAUCUUCAACAAAUGUCAAAAAAACGCAUUCUGAGAUGCUAUGUUUGGUCAGUUUUAUUAAAUGGAAAUGAAACAUGGACCAUCAAUAAGGAUAUGAAAAAGAAAUUGGAAUCAAUGGAAAUGUGGUGCUGUCGCAGAAUGAUGGAGCUACCCUGGACAGACAUGGCAAAAUUGAUGGAUCAAGAGCUAGAGGUCGACAGAGAAAAGUGUAUUGGGAUGAUCUGGCUAUGGCAGCAGACAACGUCCGGAAAGGAGAGCUUCUUCAUCUCGCUCAAGACCGAACUAGGUUCUAAAUCAUGA